ACGAUACACGCAAAGCAUCGCCAUUAUCAAUUAUAAUAUAUAGACAGCACUUCUAUAAUAAGGUCCGAUCGAUUAACAUUACAGUGAAGACGUCGUAAUGAAGAAUAUAUUUUUCUUAAUAUCAGUGUAUUUCUGUGACGCCAGCUACAAUGAACAAUAUAGAGUGCCGUAUGCAGCGUCAGAUAGGUGGGAGACCUACAUAUUCAACGAUAAAGAAUAUUUAAUACAAAAUUUACCAGUUAACUGGGAGAAUGCGAAGAUUCUAUGCCGUGGUCACCACAACGGGACAUUAGCAGUAUUAGAUACUAAAGAGAAAGCAGAAUUUAUGGCUGAAGCAUUAUCUGAACUACAAUUUUCAAUAGAAUCAAUAUGGGUUGGUGCUAGACGUGAUUCAGCUGAAGACCCUGAAGGUUACCGAUGGAGUCAUGGUGUGGAAUUAAGGAGGACGGCUGGUGACGUACUACCAAAUGAAAACGAUGACAUUACAAGACAUUAUCCAAUGUGGUUAAAUCGAACCCACAUCCCAGUACCGGAAGGGGGUGCUGAUUGUGUUGCUGUAGAGAGGGUCCACCAUGACAAGCCUGUGUUCCUCGACUUACCCUGCCAUUUGGAGAGGCCAUUUGCUUGUGAAAGAGACGCUCGUGUUGAAGUCAAAAUCCAGAACUUGAAGACGGUGAGAUGUCGCACCGGUCUCUACCACUUGUUUAGUGGUCGCAUGGACUGGCACCAAGCAGCUGCUUACUGUGUGAUGAAGAAAAUGUCGUUAGCCAACAUCUCAACGAUGAAGUGUUUGAAGAAAUUGGGCCUAACAAUGUUGAAAUCAAGGCCAAGUAUAGAGAAUGCGUGGGUGGGUGCUAGGGGUUCAUUGGGACAUUGGACUUGGACGGAUACGGGCUUAAGCAUAUUCAAUCCCGGACUCUUUAACGACGCUCAACCUUGGCCGCCACUGAGAGACAGAUCUUCCGUAAAGCAAAGUGGAUGUCUUCAAGUAGACAGACAUGCGACACGGACCCCAGUGUUUUUAGAAGCACGAUGCGAGAGAAAAACACAAUUUAUAUGUUACGAAGGUUUACCAACAUUAAGAUCAGCACUAGCGACGCCUAGUGACGACAAUUAUUACUACAUUCUAAUAAGGCAACUCUUUUAUUGGCAACAUGCUUUUGAAAAUUGUCAAAAGAUGAACGGAUCACUCGCAAGCAUUGAUAGUAAUGAUAUUAUGAUACAAUUGUUACUAGCAAUGGGUGAAAAUAAAGAUGAACCUGUGGAACAUAUUUGGAUAUCCGGUCGACUGAAUAUGACUAAAGAUAUCGCUAGUGAAGCGAUCACAUAUUCGUGGUAUAAUCCUGCUAAUAACAAGAGGAUAUUGGAUCCAAAGAGUUUUGGAGAUUCCUCGAUAGGAUUAUAUAUGCCGCCCUGGCUGGAUGGAGAUUUUACCAUGGAUAGUUCCUGUUUAAAUCUGGAUAGACAGGACCAUUUGAAUGGUUUAGUUUACGGACUCCCUUGUGACACGCCACAAUAUUCCGUAUGUAUGAUAGAAAAAUUUACACCAAAAAUACAUCAAACAAGUGAGAAUUUGAGUGAAAGUUUGGAAUCACAAUAAUAUCAAAAUUUCAAUAAUGUUUGUAUCAAUAUAGCUCCUUGUUUAUCUAGAAUGAUCUAUUAAAUAUUUAAAAUAAAAUCAUAUUU